UCAUAUUCUGUCUGCUAGUCCCUUUCUUUCUGACUCUUUCUGUAAAUUACACUGAGGUGUGUUUCGAAACCCAGCCAUGGUCAUCGAAUUGGAGGGCUGUCCUGCACCGGACAGAAUUUUGGAGAAUGUUUGGGCCAGCUUCAUUGCCGAGGGUGCACCAAACAAGUGCAGCUCCCAUCAAGAUGAAACUAGCAAAACAGCCACACCAUCCCAAACAUGGGAGGAACUGCCGCAUCUUGAAAGAAGAGACAGAUCUUUGGAGCUUCUGCAGAGGCUUCCAAGCCUUGGAAGAUGGGUAUCUAUGGGAACUGACCAUUGGGAGGAACUGCUCAACGGAAACAUACCGCCAAACAUCGACGAGCCUUCCCUUAAUCAUCAUAAUUCAGCAGGCAGUACCGGUUUAGCUUCGGAACCAAAAGCUGUGAGAGUGGAAAAGGUGGUAACCCGGCACUACAGGGGUGUGAGGCGGCGGCCGUGGGGGAAGUUUGCAGCAGAGAUAAGGGACUCGUCAAGGAAAGGAGCUCGAGUUUGGCUUGGGACCUUUAAUACUGCAGAACAAGCUGCCUUGGCUUAUGACAAAGCUGCUUUGAGAAUGAGGGGGCCACGGACUUAUCUAAAUUUUCCUCUAGAGAUGGUUGCCGCAGCUUUGGGAGGUAAUGAUAGGGCGCAAGCUUUGAACUGGACCUCGACAUCUUCCCGGGCAAGUUACACAGUCGAACAUGACGAUGGGUUUUCUUGCCCGGAUCUCAGCUACGCCAAGAUAUCUGAUAAUCCUCGGAAAAGAGAAGUGAGGGAGUGGGACAGUAGUUAUGAAAUUACAGUUGACUCACCCGCAUGGAAGAGACUUGCAUACUUCGAGGAGAUGUUCAGGAAUGAAUUGGAUGUUGUGGAGUUAGAAGAUCUUGGAAGUGAUUGCUUGGAUAGUUUGUUGUCUUCCUUAUGAUAGAUUCCGAACAAGACCUCAGUAGUAAAAAGCAAGAGUAAAACAACAAAUAGCCGCUCUUUUUAUUCUAGUGUAAUGCUUAGAACCUAUUCAGAUUGUCCGGAUAGAUUUUGAUGGGGCCUGGAUUCAUUUGU